UUUAAACUCAAAGGCUUGAUAGUGUGAGAGAGACAAGGCAAGCAGAAGAUGGAAACAGCAUUCACAUACUUCCUCUGCUAUUUCUGUAUGGCACUGUGUCACUUGAGUGGCAAGACUGCACAACUCGUGCAUGCCAUCGAAGUCCCAAGCUACAAAGUUGUACGGUCUGAAUCAGACUUCGAGAUCAGACGUUACGAUGAAUCCUCAUGGAUGUCUGCUUCUGUACGAGGAUCUUCUUUCAAUCUGUCCACCGCAAUCGGCUUUCACAGGUUGUAUCAAUAUAUUCACGGGGCGAAUCUGAAUUCUUCUCAUCUUGCUUUCACUGCUCCAGUCUUGACAAGCAUUGAGUCGUCGUCGUCUAGUGGGAAUGUUGACUAUACAGUGAGGUUUUAUAUCUCGCCAAAGUAUAAAGGAAAUCCUCCACAACCAAACCCAGGACUGAAAUUGCACUUAGACAAGUGGAAUUCUCGUUGCGUGGCAGUUAGAAAGUUCAAUGGGUUUGCCACAGACGAUAACAUUGAUAGAGAAGUGACAGCUCUUAUAAGCAGCAUCAACAAACACUUGUCAUCUGGGAAUUCAGCAGCAAUACAAGACAAGGGUUCCUAUGCCAUUGCCCAGUACAACGGUUCUCAUAAACUUUCUGGCAGAUUAAACGAAGCUUGGAUAGGUAUUUCAGGAUCCAGUGUCGCAGGUUGUCCGCCUUGAUUCUCAGUGGUGUGUCACCGUGUUCUAAGAGUCUCUGGCUUCCGUGUGUAAUGCUGUGUGUGAUUUUAAUAAUGUUCCUAGGAUUAAUAUGGCUCACUAAUAAUUUGGGGUGCUAAAAAUUAUGAAGUCGGGGCAUGUUGGUCAAAUUCCGGUCUAAAGUAGAACCUCCAAACUUCCAUCAUGUAUCCUUAUGCUUUGUCAGCAUCAUAUUAUCAUUAUUAUGCGUA